AUCAUGGUUUCCUCCUUCAACACCUUUCACUAUCCCCAAAAACACAGCGCCAAUUUAACCUAUUCCGCCGGACAACCCUGGCAAUGGGCCGCAAAUUACCAUCACACUCCACCCAAUCAUCAAUAUCUCAGCGAUAUGGAUACAACACAUGCCGCUGCUGUCCACCAUCAAAUGUAUUAUAAUCCCCAUGCCAUGUAUCAUCAGGCCACAAAUGCUGCAGCUGCUGCUGCCUCCGAGUGGCAUUCCCCAUCCUCAGCGGAAAAUUUCACACAAAAUCAACAAUUGCUGGCCCAUCAGCAUCAACAGUUGCUUAACGGCACCAUUGGUGCGGGCGGCGCAACACCAUCAUCAUCGUCGGCUAUUGCCAGUAGUACAACAUCGGCAGGUCCAGCCUCUGGCAGUACGACACAAUUAAAUGAGACUGUUAGCAGUAUUGGCGAUUCGCAGCAACAUCAACAACAGCAGCAGCAACAGCAGUCACAGCAACAGGCUCAACAUCACAUAACCGAGGGAUUGCCAUCGCCACCGAUCACAGUGAGUGGCAGUGAAAUAUCGAGCCCCGGAGCUCCAGCCUCUUCAUCAUCGCCACAUCAUUUGAUAAUUAACAAUAACAAUAGUCCAUCGACGGCUAAUAAUAACAACAAUAAUAAUACAAUAAAUCACAACAACAACAAUCGUUCAUCGCCCAUUAAAUCACAUCAAUAUUAUGAUUGGAUGAAGAAGCCGACAUAUCCAUCGCAGCCAGCACCUGGAAACUGCACAGAUGCUGAACAUUAUAUGGCACCAAUUUUAGAUGAUUUCAACGAUAUAUUGGAUACAAACGGUAUGAGGGUUUUUCCUAUACUAUUACACCUUUUGCCUUUGUAUGCAUGA